AUGGGUCAAGAUAAUAUUAAUUUAAAUAAAGUUGAUGGUCAACCAUCAAGUCCACCACAAGAACAGCAACAACAACAACAAUAUCCACCACAAGGUUAUCCACAACAACAACAAUAUCCACCACAACAAGGAUACCCACCACAACAAUAUCCACCACAACAAGGAUACCCACCACAACAAUACCCACCACAACAAGGAUACCCACAACAACAACCACCACAACAAUAUCCAGCCCCAGUUGGUGCUCCACAACAACCAUAUAUGGCAACUCAACAAGUCGUUGUUCAACAAGUUUAUGUUCAACCAACUUUUGGUGUUGUACCGGUUGAUUGUAUUUGCCAACAUUGCCAAACUCGUAUGUCAACUAAAACAAGCUACAAAUCAGGUUCAAUGGUUUGGUUAGUUUGCGUUUUAUUAAUUAUCUUUGGUUGUUGGUUAGGUUGUUGUUUAAUUCCAUUUGGUAUUGACUCAUUAAAAGAUGUCCAACACAAAUGUUCACAUUGCAAGAAAGUUUUAUACCGUUUCGAUAGAAUGAGUGGUAAAUAA